UCAGGAUAAACAUCAGCGACGAGACCGACAUGGCGGCGGGUCGGCGAACCGGCGCCUCAGCGCGGAGCUGCCUGUAACGCCGGGCCGGGCUGGGAGCGGCUGGGAGCCGCUGGGAGCGGCUGGGAGCCGCUGGGAGCGGGGACUCGGCAUGAAGCAGCCCGGGCCGCGGGCAUCAUGGCGGCCUCCCGCAGAAUCAUGACAGAUUCAGCCGGCGUGUCGGAGCGGAGCGGCCGCGUCCCGGCCCCGGGAGGAAACGGCAGGUCCGCCGAGACCUGGAAGAGACACAUCGUCCGCCAGCUCAAGCACCGAGACCUGAGCCAGCACGCCAUGUUCCAGGACCUGAUCCGCUUCUACACUCAGCUGCUGGAGAAAACCAGUCUGGCCAAAGGAAUCCUGAGCUACUCUGGCAGACGUCCCGGCUCUGACGGCAGCAGCUCCGUCUCUUCUCUGCUCCACCAGAACAACCAGCUGAAGAAAACUACAGGAGAGUUGGCCUACCAGGUGGUGGAGCUGCAGCAGCAGAUAAAAAUCAAGGAAUGUGUUCUGGAGGAGCAGCAUGCCAGGCUGCUGGAGGAGGAGCAUCGGCUGGCGGGUGCGUUUGAUGGCCGUCGGCAGCUGCAGGAGCGGGUGGAGCAGGUUCAGGAGGAGAACGGGGCUUUGAAGCUGAACUACGACGCCCUGCUGGAGCGACAGAGAGGGGCGGAGACGAGACUCAGGGAGGAGAAGGUCAGAGGGGUUCACCUGCUGGAGGACAUGAUCCACCUGAAACAGCAGGCUGCCGCCCGCAUGAACAGCCGCAACGAACGCCGGUCCAGAGCUCGGGAAGCGAACCUGCAGAAGGAUCUGCAGACCGCUGCCAGGUCAAAGGUCACCUUAGACAGCUCCUCCAGCGCUCCAGCCUCCAGAUCAGCGUCCCCAAAGAACGAAAACCAGGAUGAGUCCACGGAGCGAAGACACACCAGACUCUUCAGAUCAGCAUCGGCUACGUCCCCGAGGAUCCUCGCCUCCAUCAAAGAACUGUUUGACAGGAAGAGGCGUAUCCACUCAGUCUGCAACCUGGAGGAGGAUCUGAUGUGUCCUGCAGGAAUCUGUCUGUCGGCCAGAGUCCCUGCCAGAGCUCUGCAAGUCCUGGAGGCCCAUGAGCAAGGCAUCAACGCUGUGAGGUUCAGCUCCAGCUCAGACCUGUUGGCCACCGGAGGAACGGACCGAGUCAUCAAACUGUGGGAGGUCAGAGCAGGCUCGCUGACCCACAGAGCGACGCUGGACGGCAGCACCGAGGGGAUCACCUGCAUCGAGUUCGACCCGACGGGUUUGAGGAUCCUCGCGGCGUCCUACGAUAAGUCGGCCUUGUUGUGGCGGCUGGAUGACUCCGUUCCCAAGUUGACUCUGACAGGUCACAGCAGGAAGGUAACGGCAGCGAGGUUCAGCAGUUCCCUUCAUCAGGUGGUGACAGGAAGUGCAGACAGAACCAUCAGACUGUGGGACCUGCAGAGAGCUGCCUGUGUGCAGGUAGUUGAAGUGGCGUCGUACUGCAGCGACCUGGUCUGCUCCGAGAACUGCAUCAUCAGUGGACACUACGACUGUAAGAUCAGGGUCUGGGACACCAGGUCGGCGAGCUGCGUUCAGGAGCUUCCUGCUCAGGGUAAAGUCACAUCACUGGACCUCAGCGCCGACCAUCGUCAGCUGCUCAGCUGUUGCCGUGACGACUGCCUCCAGCUGGUGGACCUGAGGAAGCAGAGCAACGACCGCAUGUGCUUCAGGGCCGAGGGCUUUAAAUGCGGCAGCGACAGCACCAAGGCUGUGAUCAGUCCAGACGGUUGUUUUCUGGCGGCGGGAUCAGCAGACGGCACCGUUUACAUCUGGAACGUCUCCACCAACAACCUGGAGACCCGCCUACCGGACAAACACAGUUCGUCCAUCAGCGCCGUGUCCUGGUCUUUGUCCGGUGAGUACUUUGUCAGCGUGGACAAGAGUAGGCGGGCCGUCCUCUGGAGCGACAUCUGAAACUGCCAAUGCUCGAAGAGGUCACGUGGUCACAGCAACACCAUGCACAGCACGUCCUCGCCUGAAAAAAAAAAAAGAUCUCACAGUUGUUUAUAGGGAAGAUUUUAGGGUUUUUUUUUUAAGCUAUUUGUUUAUUGGACAAAAAACUAGCUGCUUGGUGGAAUUUUUUAGAUUUUCUUACCAUAAGUGAGGAGAAUUAAGAGAUAUUAAUAAGGGAAAACGCUUUGAGCUUCUACCAACAUUAAGCUUCUUUGAGUGAAUUAUUAACUGAACGAAGGGAAAACUGCAGCCGAAACUGCGUAAACACUCCUCUAACAUUCACAAUAUGUCAUGUGUUGUAAAAACUGUCAACCUAAAACACCCAAACACGUCGCAAGUAUUUUGAUAUUUUUUAGGAGGUGCAGACAACCUCAGAUCCAGGUUUUUGUUCCUGACAAGUGUGGGAUGAUGAGUCACGGACUAAGAUGGGCGUGGGGUGUUAGGGAACUAAAAUGAUCAUAGGGCAUUUGGAUACUUGAUGAUGGGUCUCUCAAGAACUAAAGUGGGUGUGGGCGGUACCGGUUGCUGCUUUUCACCUGUGUAGUGCUUCUUGGGUGAAGACAACCAAUGCAGCACCCGGGACAUCUCAUAACAUCCGGACAAUUAGACGAAUAGAAUAUUUUUCCUUGACUACUUGUACGAUGUGUUCGAUGACCAGUCGGAGCUGCCCAUCAGACUGCAGUGAAGCAUUUUGCACUAACCCAAACAGACUGGGACUUCCAGUCCGGUCUGUUGUUGAGGUGGACUUUGAGAUAUUUUUAUCUGUCCGCCCCCUCUCCAAGAAUGGAAACAGGGUUUGUUGUUGUUCUGGUCCUCCUGAAAUCCACCACUGUCUCCUUGUUCCUGGUGACAUCAAGAGCAGGUGGUUAGACAGCAGUCCACAAGGCGGUCCACCAGGUCUUCUGUCCACCGCUGACACACCCCACAACUUCAGACUCGUCUGACAACUUCUGCAGACAGCUGGUUCUGAGGACAGUGGUCGGAGUCAAUGUGGAUCACACAUUUCUCAUGUCUGGCUUUCGAUGUGGAACCUCAGGCAGAGUCAAGGUGAGAGGACCUCUCACCUGUUCAGACGUCCGUUCACUCUGUCCAUCGGGUCAGGAAUCCAGGAAGUCGUGGAGGCGUCUGCCUGCUUCUCUCAGCAGCAGAGGCUGGACUCUGUUAAAAGGAGGAAUCAGAGACAUUGAUUCUCAUGGUGCUGCCGGCUUUGUCCAAGUGAGAUGAGGCAGGUAGAUGAACUGAGUCUAGAGGUGAGUCUGUCCGAGGUUUUAUGGAGAACAGCUGCUUUGCUGAAUAAAAGCAUCGGAUGCAGAUUAAAGUUUUCCUUUCUUCAGACAGGGUAUCUCUUGAAGAGCCUCAAAAAGCAUUGAGCUUUUCAAUUUCAUCCAAAAUGGCCUUUAAAGUCAUUGAAAUGUCUUAAAUUUACUUCACAAAGGUCUUAAAUAUUUAUGUAGGCAGUAACAUUACUUAUCAAAUGUUUUUGUGUCUGGUUUUAGCAAAGACUGUCUGAAAAAUCUCCAGUCCUGUGGUUCCAGACACCUGACCUCAUGUGAAAUUCAUGUUUGGACUUUACAUUAUUUACUUACUUUCACUCCCUGUUUAAUCUACCCCUGCUUUCAUCCAUCCAUUUUCGGCUGCAUGACCAGUUCCAGGUCAUGUUUUAUGAUUAACGACGUCAUUAGGAAUUAUCGUUAUACAGCUGGGAAACACUGACACAUAUGUGAUAUAAAUGUCAAUAAAUUCAUGCGCUUGGUAAAUAAUUCUAGAAUUGAUCAUUCCCGCUGGUUUAUUGAUGUCAUUCGUAUGUUGGGAGUGAAGCAGGUAUCAAAUUGCCUUCUCUGUGGCACCACGAGGCCUUAAAAAGUCUCAACCUUGGACCUGGUUGAACCUGGUUGUUCUGACGGCUUCACCGUUUCAGAAUGAUCUGGUUUAUGAGUAGAAGCAGCCUGAGAAACAAACAUCUCCAAGUAAAAUGGGUUCGGAUCUUCAUCCUGAAAAAUCAGAGUGAGGGGUUUCGUGCUGGUUUGGUUGGGAUCCUGAAGUCUGACUGCUCUGCAGCUCUGCAGCCCUGCAGCUCUCAGCGGUGGAUUUACAUUUGAAAGGCGUCUGCAUUAAUUCUCUGUUUGGCCUCUCAGCUUUGAAGAGUGAAGUCAGCGGCUUCAAAGAGAAAAGUCGGCGGCCGGAGGCUCUGAUGGGGUCUGAGCACAGACAUGAAACGGUGAUUUACAUCCUUUUAUAUCAGCUGCUGUAAAAUCCAGAGCAGCUGAUUGACCCAAACAUAAAGAUGUCAGAGCUUCCGGCCUUCCUCUGAUCCGAUCCGGUUGCUGCCUCUUCACCUGAGGCAGAACUCACAUCCUUUUUAUUACUGACAAUUUUUUGAAAAAUUGUGAAAUAUAAAUGAGCUUUGUUGUUUCCAUGAACGGUUCCAGAAAAUCCUCUGAUUUAUUGAUGGCUUUAUGAACAUAUUUCUGUUGUUUGCUUCCACUGAACCUACUGACUCUAGGUUUUUAUUUUAAAUUUGUUUCCAAGUCAGAGCUCCUGAUGGUGAAGGGAAAUUUCUUUUUUUUCUUUCUUUUUUUUCUUUUGCUAGUUGAAUUCGCCAUUUGGUUUGAUUCUUCUUCUUCUUCUUUGUGAUACUGUUCUGUUUUCUGUUAUUUAUUUAGUGAGAUGAUUUUGCUUGUUUUCGCUCUGUUUGACCUUUUGUGUCCUUUACUGAUUUUAUGAGGGACUAAGGGAAGAUACUGUCGAGACAGUCAUCAGUCAAACUGCUGAUUCGGAUUGGGACUAGGCC